AUGGGCACUGGUAGGCCCGGAGCAGGCAGGGCGCGCGCUCACGCGAAGAAAAAGCAGUACAAGCGUGGUCAUGCCACAAAAAAUCGCGCACGCGAUAUCGACCAGAUCCAAGAUGAUCUUCGUGUUGAGAAGAUGACUGGUAAGACUACGAAUUUUGAGGAGGACGAAGACCUACCAGGGCUGGGCCAGUUUUAUUGUACGCCAUGUGGGCGCCACUUUAUCGAUUCCAAGACUCGUGACGUGCACUUAAAAACCAAAGUACAUAAGCGAAGAUUAAAAGAUGUUGCACAAAAGCAGUACACGCAAAACGAAGCAAAUCAAGCCGCUGGCAAGGGCAUUGAAACCUACAAAUUGGCGCAUCAAAAACAGACAGACAUGAUGGACGACCUUUAA